AUGGCAGUGGCACUAGUGAUCAGAGGUGGCAGUGAUGGCAGACGGUGGCAGUGGCAGACGGUAGCAGUGGCAGACGGUGGCAGUGGCAGACGGUGGCAGUGGCAGACGGUGGCAGUGGCAGACGGUGGCAGUGGCAGAUGGUGGCAGUGGCAGACGGUGGCAGAUGGUGGCAGUGGCAGACGGUGGCAGUGGCAGACGGUGGCAGUGGCAGAUGUUGGCAGUGGCAGACGGUGGCAGUGGCAGACGGUGGCAAUGAUGGCAGACGGUGGCAAUGGUGGUGGCAGGCGGCGGUGUGUGGGGUUGACGCUGGGUGAUAGAGUGUGGGAGAGUCAGUGA